AAUACGGGCGCCGUGGCGCCCACGAGAUUAUAAAACAAAACGUUGGGAAUGGGCAGAAAUUACAAGGUGUUUCGAAACACGAAUAAAAUGAAAUUAAAAUGAUGAAUUUUUAAAACUCUGCAUCGUUUAAUCACAUUCGAAACCUUGUAACUCUGCUAUAAGAAGUCUUGGGAUACGUUUGUAUAUUUUUAAAUAGAAUUUCAAUUUAUAAGAAUUGGUGUUCAUUGGCGCAUUGGUGUAUGUUUCUAUUAAUGUAUGUAAAAAAAAAUGCGUCAGCUUUAAUCGCACGAAAUAUAGUUAUCGAGUGGGUGUGAGGCGAAUACGCUUAUUGUCAAGGAAUAAUGAUAACGAGGUAUCCGACCAUAUAUGGACAGAAUUCCUCAGAAAUGCAUGAAUAUGCAUUUCUAAAAGACAAGUGCGUUUUAAUUAUGUACAAUGUGGAGUGUUUUAUAUAAAUAUUUUUAUACAUUUUGGGCCACAUUUUUGCAUAUGUUGAUUUUGUUAAAUAACUUUUGUAUAAUGUAUCUUCCUAAUUAUGACAUAAAUAUCAAUCAUUGAUAAGUGACUUUACAAAAAUGCAUUUUUCUAUACCAGAUACGCAAGAAUUUAUCGAUACAGCUGGUAAUACAUAUGUGGGUUAUAACAUUCAUAUAAAUGGAUUGUUCCAUUGUACAGUGAGGUAUAAACAGCUGCACAAUCUUCACGAACAGUUGACUAAGGAUCUGGAUGUACCUAUUCAGUCAUUUCCACCAAAAAAGUUUUUUCCUUUAACGGUAAGCCAGCAAGAAGAGCGCCGUCUAGCUUUGGAAAAAUAUAUUCAGUCGAUAGGACAAAAUGUUGUGGUCAACGAUUCAGGGGUACUGAAUGCAUUCUUGUUAAAUGCUCAGCAAGAAACUAUAGGUGGACUAUCCAAAAAUGAAUUCGUGGACAUUUUUCUCAUGAAUGGCUGUAAGAUAACAAUAAAUAUUUCCACAGGAGAUCAUUCUGGAAUUGUUUUAAAGAAAGUCUACAAACAUCUUAAGCUACUAGAACAAUAUCAUUUGUAUUUUGCAUUGUUCAUUGUUGCUCAAGAUGAAGGUAAUAGUGUCUACUUAUUACGAAAAUUACAAGAUUUUGAAUCUCCGUUUAUAACGAACAAACAUAUACACACUAUUGGUAGUAGGAUUGUGCUAGGAAAGAAUUACUGGGAUGUAGGAUAUGAUCUUGAAUUAAUGAAUAAUGCAGUAGCAAUGAAUUUAUUAUAUAUUCAAGCAGUUGCAGAAAUUCAAAGAGGUUGGAUUCUUGUUGCAGAUGAAUUGAAAGAUCAUCUGACUACUUUAAAGAGUCAUGGGAAGAAAAAAGAAUAUCUGGAUAUAGCGCGUACUUUAAAGUAUUAUGGGUACAUUCAGUUUGCUCCAUGUUCUUGUGAUUAUCCACAAUCAGAUUCAAAAGUACUGGUUGCUAUAGGUAAAAAUGAAUUAAAUUUGCGUACAUUAUCAGACGAACAACAAAGUGAAGAAAUGUUCAAAGUUUCUCGAAUGCGUUGCUGGCGAAUUACGACUGUACAAAGUAGUCUCGAAAGGUGCAACGAAAGUGAUGACUUUAGCUUGGAAUUAUCUUUUGAAUACUUAAUAGCUAAGAAUCAGCUACAAUGGAUUACAAUUACUUCGGAUCAAGCUAUUUUAAUGUCCGUGUGCUUGCAAGCUAUGAUCGAUGAAUUACUAUUAAAGAAUGCAAGUGGCAGUAGAGCUCAGGAUUUAUCCAGGAAACCUUGGACAUAUGUUAUGAGAGAUGGACAGAGUGUUUCAAUGGGAUCAAGUUCUGAUGAACAAUCUGAAGAGAAUAAAAAAGAUGAUUGUAUCAAGCAGCCUACUAAAUCGGAACCGAUUAUGAAAAGACUUGCGGAUAGACUAUCAGUGGUAAGAAUAAAAAAGUCCAAUAACGUUAAAGAUAGCGCAAAUGGUAACGUUCAAAAGAAACAUAUAUCGGAAUGUGAUAUUAUGGAAAAUAAUGCAUUUAACAUGAUCGGUGAUGACGAUUUAUGAAUAUACGAAAAUAAUGUGAUAAGACGGUGAUAAGGUAUGCCUUAUAAAUAUUUAAAUAGUUUUAUAAAGCUUUUCAAAUGAUGUUAAUAUAUUUUUGAUGACGCGCAAUCAAGUGAUAUAAAUUUAGAAAAUUCGAAGGAUACAUUUUUUAUUUAUAUACUAAUGACACAACAAUUUUAUGUGUAGUUUUGAGAUGGUUAUGCUACUUUUAAUGAUAAUAAAGUACAUAAAAACUACAAGCUUUAAGUGCUCGAUAAAAUUGUAACAAUUUUGUUUGUACAAAUAUUAUUAAUAAUAAAAGUAUAAUGCCAAGCUUUAAAUUCAGUGUAAAAAAAAAACAAUUAUAAGUGACAUAAGCAAUGACUAUAUAAUUUUUAUUUAUUAUGAUAGAGUUUAGUAAUAAUUGAAUACGAAAGGUGCAAUUAUUGAAUGCAAAUGAGUCGUAAGAAAAGAAAAUAUAAAUUUUUAUAUAAUGUACUUACAUUUUAUUUGACAAAGUAACGAAAGUAUCUGAUGUAAAAAAAGAAAACUGAAAUAAAUCGCAGUAUGCACAAUAUUUUAUUGUUAAUCAAAUUAAAUACGUAAAAGGCAGUGUCUCUUAUUAAUAGCUGGAAACAAGGCCAAUAUUAAAGUCUACUCCCCCAUGUUGCUGUUUCAUAAAGUUGGGAACACGUAUUAGCCUUAAAGUGGUGAAACGUUUUAAGUUCUAUCGAACGUGUAAUUCUGCAGGAAUAAAAUUUAUUCGUUUCUGUUACAUUAUUAACGCAUAUAUGUUGAUGGAGUCGCAUGUCACAGUGAAUGGUGCGCUCUAUUUUUCAUCAAACAGUAGAAAUAUUACUUUUUUAGAUUAUAACUUAUUUAUCUGCUCUUCAUGUUAACAGUGGAACCCAACGCUAUUAUUAUGAUAAUAUUGUGUGUUAUGGUAGGGCCAUAUAAAGACUGGAUUUAAUAAUUAAUAUUCGAAUCUCCUUAGAUUGUAAUGUGCAUAUUUUCUAUAUCAAAAAUAUGUUAUUAUUCUGUACUGUUAUUUUCUAAAUAAACAGAAAAGUCAGUUCUGGCUAUAGCGUUUAAGUAUUAUAAAUCUAUUUCCGCUACUUUUUAAAAUAGCCCAACGUCAGCAAAGAAUUACUCCACUAUGUUGUAGCAUUCUCGACAGUACAUACAUGCGUUACUGUUCUACUGGUACUAUGUAUACCAACAUUCAUCGAAAUUUUUACAGAAAACACAAUGAUAACAUAUUUGAUAAUCUUACAUAUGAAACUUAUUAAAAAAAAGAAAAAAAAAAAAGAAAGAAAGAAA